AUGGGCAUUACCCAAAAUCCAGAUUUCAUCUCAAUAGGAGUUGACGGGAUACACAGAUGGUGGCAGCAGCUAUGUGCGAGGACUCCGGCCGGUUUUAGUCGCGGAGGAGCCAGCUCGGACCGGGAAUCUUUGCCGGCGAGAGAAGGAUUGGAUGGGAUCGAUAAUCCGACAAGAGCUCGCGGCGAAGGAGAAGAAAAAGGGCUUUUCGGCCUUCGAGCAUAG